ACCUAUUUACAAGUAUAAAGUAACUUUAUUGUCUUUAUUUUAAUUUUUUUAAGUCUGUGAUUUAUUGUAGUAAUUUAUUAUUUAUAAUGUCAUCCAAAAGAAAAUAUGCUUCUGGAUAUGAGAAAAGAAAGUUGAAAAACAAACGUGAAGAAGAAAACAAAAAGUUAAGCGGUUCACUAUCAAAAUUUGUUAUCUGCUCUUCCUCUGAAACUGUGGUGCCCAAAAAUAAAACAGAAGGACCAGAAGAUCUUGAUUUAUCGAUCAGUAUCGAUGAUCCUGAAGCUGAAGCACUAACAGAUGAUGCAAAUGACAAUAAAAAUACCUGUAUCAUAGAUGUCAAUGUUGAAAAUAUUAGUGAACCUGAUGAGACUGUCGAGACUGGAGAUGGCAUUGUUAAUAAUUCAAAUAAUGGAAAUAAAAAUAAAUUAGCAAGUUAAUUUUUCUUGUAAUCGUAUAAGCGUCAAAAUAUCAUUUGCAUCUACUCCAUUUUCAUAAAAUACAGCUGGAUUACUAGUCAUACCCGAUUAUUAAACAACUGAAUUACCGAGUCUAUACUGUACUUCAAUAGUUCAA